GUCGCGGCGUUCCCCUCCAUGCUACUGAAGAGGUUCUGAGCAACAGUAGCAGCGUAGAGCAAACUAUCAAGACAGGGUAGCCCAGUGAGGGGUAGGAAAGGAGGAGAAGAAAGGGGGUCUACCCAACGUGUUCAUUCGAAGCCUGUACAGCGGACAGUAAGUGUCUGUUGCUUCAGGACCAAGAGAGGACGAGAAAGUACACCUGAGGCCAGUGAAGCGUAUGCUUGGUGAAGCGUGUGCUUGAGUCACCUUACAAGAACAAUCCUAAUUCUUAUCGGAAAACUUGCAUGAUAGCGUGCAGAACAGUGCAACAAUGAGUGGAACAGGAAUGUCAGCUGCGCGUGCACGCAUUGCAGAUGUUUACUUUUUCGAAGAGCUUCGCAAUUGCUGUGGCAGUCAGAAGGCUGCAAGAUGGCUGAUGAGCCAGGGAAGAACGAGACCGAGGUUAAGUCUGGAAGAAACAAAGUUGACACAGACAAUGGAAAGGGCAUCAUCUGCUGCAUCUGAUCAUACCGUGUCAAGUGACUCCUUCAAAAGCAAACGAGCGACCCCCAAGGCUAUUGACGGGAUCAAACUAGAGCUCCUUUCUCUCCAUGACUGCCCUUCUGAUGAGUUGAAGAAGUCAAAGUCACAUCAGAACUUGAAUUCAAGGGGGCAUUGUGAAUGCUCAGGAUCGGGCAUGAAGCACUCGCGAUCGUCGGGAGAUAUGUUUGGUUCCCACCCCGCUCACGUAGAGGACGAGAUUUCGAAACUGCACAACUUUGAUCCCAACAAGGCUUGUCUGCUCUAUACUUCGGAAGCCAGUGUUGUGCUGGAUGAUGCAGAUAAUUUACAAAUUGAAUGUUGCUUCUUUUUCUCAUCUCAAGUUCAUACGUAAACUUAAUUCCAAACGCUGUCC